CUUUUUUUCUGUUUGUAAGGACUAAUUUAGAACUUGCAGAUUUGAGCUGCCUGAAUUGGCUAGACAGCUGUAAUCGCACUCCUCCUAGUCUUAAUCUCUUUAUCUGGGCAGCAGCUGCCAUAUGGUCUCAGUCAGCUGGAUCAGAUGUUCAUAAGCCUCCUUCUACGUCCCUCUCUGUUCUCCCAGUCUCCUAAUUUGAUCGCUGCUACCUUGUGAGCUGUCCUGCAAUCUUUAUUUUUAGCCAUCUUAAGGAUUAGGAUUGAUGUGGACUACGGGGCACUUAAAGUGAUUGUAUUGUUAAUCUGCGGUGGACUGCCUCUUUGGGGAGGAUGUUCCAUUUCUUCAAGAUUUGGGGAGGGGGAAAAGGGGAAGGAGAGGGUUGCCGAGAGGUUUGUUAUUACCUCUCCUCCUAUAAGCCCCUCAUUAAUGAGGGUCUGAAGGCUGUUCUGGGGGGAGCAGGGAGUUUGGCUUGGUGUUCCAAUCAGAUUUAAAUGUGGACCAAUAUGAUUUCAUUUUAGUCCGCUUGUUGAACAUGAUGCCUGUGCAUUUUUUUAGACGAGAACAAUCUCGGCGGGUAACAGGUUAUGAAGACAACAUGGAGUUUCCAGACCACAGCAGACAUUUACUACAGUGUCUGAGCGAGCAGAGGCAUCAGGGAUUCCUUUGUGACUCCACUGUGCUGGUUGGUGAUGCCCAGUUCCGAGCCCAUCGUGCAGUGCUGGCUUCAUGCAGCAUGUACUUCCAUCUCUUUUACAAGGACCAGCUAGACAAAAGAGACAUUGUUCAUCUGAACAGCGACAUUGUCACGGCCCCAGCCUUCGCUCUCCUGCUUGAGUUCAUGUACGAAGGAAAGCUCCAGUUUAAAUCUCUUCCAGUGGAGGAUGUGCUGGCCGCUGCAAGCUACCUCCACAUGUACGACAUCGUCAAGGUGUGCAAGAAAAAGCUCAAGCAGAAAGCCACGACUGAGGCGGACAGCACCAAGCGAGAGGAGGAUGCUUCCAGCUGCUCGGAUAAGGUGGAGAGCUUCUCUGAGGGUGGAAGCACGGGUCGACCGGCCACUGCCGACCUGCUGCAGAGCGACGACGAGGACAUGGAGAACAAGCGGGACAGCCCUCAGGAGCCGGGUAGCAUGUGGAUGCGUCUGCCCUCAGACCGGACAGCAUCUCCCACCACUAGCCCCAGGGAGGCAGAGCCACAUGGUCCUGACACUGGCAAAUCCCCUACUGGCAGCCCCAGCAGCUCCACCGGCUCCCUGUCCCGCCGCUCCACGGCAUCUCGGAGAAUCUCCGCCGACGCAGAUUGUGUGCUGGACCUCUCUGUGAAGUCUGGCCUGACCGGUGGUCCUGGGGAGACCAUGGCUGGUAACCCUUACUUCUGCAGCUCAGUGAACCCAGAUAGUCUGCAGAGCUCCCUGGUCCAGGUGAAGGUGGAGAAAGACACGGGCUCAGAGGAUGAUGAACUUGUGAGUGGAGACUAUGAGAUGGAGCACAGCGGUAUGAAGGAGCCACCUAGCACCAACGGAACUCACAUCAGUCUCAUAGCACAACGCAGACUGGGUCUGGAAGCUCACCUCUCAGCCUUGCGCGAGGCCUCGCUAGCCAGCGAGCUCGAGCGGGAGGACAAAGAAGGCGACGAUGACACGGACGGCCUAGGAGGCGACAGCGAGCGAGCGCAGGAGGUUGCGGGGGUUGAGAAUUCCCUCUUGCCUUACGUCUCCAGCAUGUUGGGGGCCCCACAUACUCAGAUCUUUAUGUGCCCUUUAUGCAACAAGGUCUUCCCCAGCCCCCACAUCCUACAGAUCCACCUUAGCACACAUUUUCGUGAGCAGGAAGGCGUAAGGGUCAAGCCGGCCAGCGACGUCAACGUUCCCACCUGCUCCAUCUGCGGCAAAACCUUCUCCUGCAUGUACACGUUGAAGCGCCACGAGCGGACACACUCAGGCGAGAAGCCCUACACAUGCACCACUUGCGGCAAGAGCUUCCAGUACUCGCACAACUUGAGCCGACACGCCGUUGUGCACACGCGUGAGAAGCCGCACGCCUGUAAGUGGUGCGAGCGGCGCUUCACGCAGUCAGGGGACCUGUACAGACACAUCCGCAAGUUCCACUGUGAACUGGUCAACUCGCUCUCAGUGAAGAGCGAGACACUCAAUUUGCCCACUGUCAGAGACUGGGCGCUGGAAGAUAGUUCUCAAGAACUCUGGAAAUGAAAGCUCAUAUAAUGGCAGACUGUUUGAACUGCUUGUUAAAUUAAUAAGAGAAAUUUUAGUGGCAUUUUGGGGGGCAGAGAGGUAAGAUCGGGGCAGAAUGAGGGCAGAAGGGUCUGAAUCAGUCAUUUUUCUUGUAUGUACUGUACAUUGCAAAUCUUGUCGAAUUGCACUUUACUAGCACAUGAAAAUAUUACUACUGAUUUUCUUUUAAAAUAUUUUCUGGUUACUUUAGGGUCUUUAGGGUAUUUUCUUUUCUUGUUAGAUUUUUAUAAAACAUGGGUGCUGGUCUCAGUUACCAUAUUUGACAGAAAAAAGCAUUGGGAUUUUUAACUGUAUUUAAUUUACAGUACAUUUCUAUACACUCCUAAAUUUUUAAGGAACUUCUGCCAUGAAAAGCAUAUGAAGAUUUCAGGUAAUAGACAGAGGAGUUAAAAACUUAAGGACACACUAAACGGGUACUAUGGUUAUAUAUUUACCUGUACACAUUAAGCUCAUGUUUGAGUAUGUGUGUGUAUAAAUAGUGCACUACUAUAAUUGCAAAAUCAUACCUGAUGUGUGACUGUGGUUGGGCAUGCAUGUGUAUUCAUGCUUUUGCACACACAACAUACACACACAGUGUGUGAGCAGGUCAGUCCUUUAAUUCCCACACGGAAGUCUGCACCAGAAGCUCUAAGCUCGCAUUACCUAAGCUCUUUUUCACUUGUUAUAGGAAACUUGACUGAUGGAAGACAAAAAGGCACUCGUGCAAUGUACAGCCUCCUUUUUCAUAUCAGUUUAACUGCAUUUUUCUAUCAUUUCUCAAUAUAAUUUUUGUCAGUUUUGGAUUUUUUAUUUGCUGUCUAUCCACAUCACUUGUUUGCUACUGAGGUUGGUUUUUACAUUGGCUGCAUUUCUAGAGAUUUCUGUAGUGUUUUAAGAUUUUUUUCGUUUUUAAAACGGAAUCUGUUGUUGCAUGAUGUCUGACCUGUAUAUUGAAAAAGAUUUGACUUGCUGUAUUGCUGUACACUGUUAUUGACUGAUUCAUUACAGUCAGGGCACCUGUCUGUUUAAAAAAAAUACCUUUAAUAUUACCGCUGUAGAAAUUGCAUGAAUUUUAUUUAACUUACUCUUUUUCGUUGUUGUUUCUCAUCAGAGAGUGUACUUUUUAAUUAAUUAAUUAAUUACUUAAUUUGAUUCCUUGGUAGAUUUGAUUUUACUCCUGAUCAUUAGAGAAUGAAUUUGGGGUUCUGGUAAGAUGUUAUUAUUCUGGGCUGUGAAGAUUGUGGAAAUGCACUGACUUUAGGCUGCAGUAUCUAGACACACAAAGUGAAUCAGUUUAUGCUCGCUGUAGGAUACAGGGGUGAACGAGGGGCCAGGUGUCAGCAGAGGCUGAAUGGCUAUGAUUAUUGUUUAGAAAGCUAGCGUGGCCCCUGCUAUGUCAUCUCAUGCACUGCUGUUCCCAGUGCUAGGUCUUCAACUGCUGUAUGUCUCAGAAUUUACUGGCUGUUGUCAUUUGAAUCAUGUCGGCUCUGUUUGUAAUUUAUUUAUUUAUCUGUUUAAUUGGCACUUGCUUCAGAUUCGAAUGCCAUGAAGACACAUUUGCGUGGCUGAUAGUGCAGCUCUUCUUUAUGGGUGUCCUCCAGUGCACAUCUAUAUAGAGAAAGCUGAAGGAUCUUUAAACAGCAUAAAGCUAGACACCGAGUGGUUUGUGUGCGUGUGUUUGUGUUCAAUGCAUAGGUGUUUAUUUUUUCUUUCAGAGUAGAAUGUGUUUGGCAAGGCCGGUGGCACCUUUGAAGCUUAAUGAAAUUAGAAUAAUGUGCAAAAGAGGCCUUUAUGAAGUUUUUAAGCCGAAUUACAUGCAUAAUUGAAUUACUGAAUUAACAUUGUUGCAUUUGAAUUUUUUUUUAUAUAUUUUUUUUUUUCAAAAUUUGUGAUUGUUAAAGAGUUUAAUGAUUAUCGUUAAUGUAAAAUUAGUGAUUUUGAAAAAUGUUUAAAAAAAUUUUUUUCUUUGAAAUCAUUUAACUUGCAAAAUUAUAAUAAUGUUUCUUUUUUUAAGAAUGUGAAAUUUCUUCUUUUUUUUCACAAAAAAGCUGUCAUUGUCAAAUUUAGAAAUAAAAAGACAAGAAAAAAGGAUAAAUAUAUGGACUAGCACUGUAGUUAUAGAUCAGUCACUCAAAAAGUGCUGGAAGGCUUGAACUACUUUAGUAAGAGAGGACUGCGUGCUCCACACUUGUUUUGUGGAGCAUAGAAGUGUGAUGCACACUGGCCUACACAGGCCAAAGGGAAGCAAAAAGUGCACUCUCCUCAUGGCAUUUUGCACGGUGGUACUUUUACCUUUUGCACUCUGACAGAAAAGAAUAUCUACUUUGGGGUUGAUUUGUUUUCUAUGCUUUUUCUUUAUGUUGUAUGUUGGCUUCUACUAUUGUACUUGACCGCCUUAAACUACUGUUAUCAGCUUACUUCUACUCAGAGGGUGAAAACUGGAAACGCUGGACAACUGGAUGUUUUUCUUUGACUUUUGGUCAAUGGAAAUGAAGCUGUGAAAUGGCCUAUGAAGCAUAUCCAUAAAUUAGAUGCCCCUUUAGUUUACUUGAAACCUGGGAACCCCAGUGUGAAGAACAACUCUGUCAAAUUCAAACAUAGUGGAUAAUGAGUUGGGAAUGGGAGAGAAUAGAAUUGAAGAAAAAAAUAUCUGUUGAAUUCAAGGACAAUCGCUGUCUGAAAAGAAGAUUUGUCUUCACAUGUAAUUGCUUCCCUCUUGAGAUUUUUUGCUAUGUUGACAUUGUUCUUUUUAUGGAUUUAGACAUUUAGCUUUGACAAUCAUAGUAUGUUUCAUUUUCUCAAGGGAAGUAAAUUAUGAGGCUGUUUAGUUUUGUACUUUUUGGUGUGCUGUUGGUGAAAUUUUUAAAUUGUGUGCAAACUGCAAUAAAUUAUAAGAACCUUCA